AGCGGAAGUUAGACCAGAACGCACAGUUACCAUGGCAAUGAGGCGCGCUCGAAGGGCGGUGGCAGCCACGCAGAGAGACCUGGGAGGAGACAGAGGCAGGGCUUGCGACGGAAGUGGCCUCUCUGCUUCUGCAGGGCUAGGGAAGAUGCUGCGUCCGGCGUUAUCGUGGCUGUGCUUUGGCCUCUGCAGCCUCCUGGUCGGGGAUGCAGAGGCCCCGAGCCCCGUGGAUCCGCUGGAGCGGAGCCGACCGUACGCGGUGCUGCGCGGGCAGAACCUGGUGUUGAUGGGAACCAUUUUCAGCAUCCUGCUGGUGACUGUCAUCCUCAUGGCAUUUUGUGUCUACAAGCCCAUUCGGCGUCGGUGACAGCCAGACAAGUUCUUCAAUGAGUAUUUGGGAAUAGGAUAAGUUGUGUUGCACACGGGCCAGUGGAGAAGUUGGAAUCAAAACUUUACUACUUGGAAAUGACCUUUGGUCUGGACAGUUGGUAAACGCUAAAUGAAUUAGAAGAAAACAUCUACUAGAAAUUAUUUUUUCCUAACACUGUAGUGCAAAUAAUUGGCCCCUGAAUCUGCUUCUCAGUGUUUCUGACUGUACUUGUUAAAAGACCUGGAAGCUCCAAAGGUCAGUGUAAAGAUGGAGUGUUCAUGAGAAAGAAAACAUUCACCUUGUGAGUGCCUGUAAGAACCACACUGGAAAGAACUCAUCAUUAAUGCUUGAAAAUGUUAAUAGAGGGAGACUUACCAUGUAGACAUUCCCUAUUUAAGAACCAUUUGGUUACAGUGGGUUAAGAAUCACAGAUUUUUUUUUUUUUUUUUUUUUUUUUAAUCUCACCUGAGUUGGCCUAGAAUGCGCUGGUUGCAAAGUGGUGUCAGCUGUGGGGAACUUGGGCCCUCAUUCCUUACCUGCAUCCGGCCCUGCACUCAGGUGCUCCCCCUGAAGCCAGGGUCACAUCAGGUAGACCUGUUACUACAUGCACCUUUGGCCUGGAAGGCUCUGGGGUUGGACUGGAAAUGUUACUAGGUUGGCCUCUCACAAAAAAGGACCCCAUCCUGCUUAAACACAUUGAUCUCUGUUGCCCUGCAUUUGAGUCUUUGUAGCCCACGGUCUGAAACUUGAGGUAGCUUUCCAGAUUUGGAAUGUAAAAGGCUCAGCAGGCACUCUGUUCAUCCCUGGGUGGGGAGGGCCCAGCCAGAAGUGCAUGUCCACUGUACCGGCCAGUGUGGGUUUACACAAAUUUCAUCUCCUCUUUGAAAAUGCUGCUAUUAGUUUGCACUGUUGGUGAACUGGAUUUUUUCCUCCUAUUGAAAUAAUACUUUCAUACUUAUAAAGCGGUCGUCAAUAUUUAUUUCAAGGUGCUAGAUUUAAUUUUGUUAUUAAGUUGAAAUGCUUAUCUUGUGUUCAAGCACAGCACUGAUUUUAACAACCUGCAUUUAAUGUGAAAUAACUGAAGCAGGAUACUGUAACUGUUUAACUUAAGGAUUUUGUUUGUAAUCUUGUAACACUGAGCCAUUGAAAUGUUCACUGUUCUGUGCUUUUGAGCAAAAUGUCAAUUAAAAUUAAAGUAAAAUCCUA